AGCUUGCGAUGGUGUGCGGUUCGCGGCGUUCCGCGCCCGAUCAAGCAUAUUCCCAUAGCGGCGGGCCGUCCGACCGAUUCAGUUGUUCCUCGUCGAGAGCCGUGCGCGGCAGAGAAGCCUCCUCCGCAGCGAGAGUGCCAGCAGUGUCGCGAACGCGCUCACGCCGAUCGGGCCGCCACACGAAAUAUAAAUUUUCGCUGAAUAUAAACUUUUGCCGCAUCCUUUCACGUCUCGCGCACAACUGUGUGUACGAUGUGGCGCGCCGCGACAAACUUUUGCUAAACUUUUCGUCGUUCUUUUACCCAUUGGCGACCAACGACAACAAUGCGGUACUUGUGGUGCGUGUCGUUGCUGCUGGUGUGCGGUGUCCUGCAUGCGGAAGCCGUCACCGUGGACAAUCCGAGCGGCGCGACAGGUAGCAAGGCCGGCCGACACCGGCAUCUUCAGCACUUUGCGCGCCCGUUCCGCGGCGACGAUUUAUCGCCGACGGACGGUUACGAGCACAGGAGCGGCAAUAAAUUGAGACAUCACGCGAGUACUUCAGCAAACAAUCAAUUUAAGCCGCACGCCGAUGCCGCAACACGUCCCAACUUUAAAAUAAACUCCAGUUUUUCCAAAGCGGACAAAUUUCCAAAACUCAAACAACUCGGUAAGCGAUUGGAAACAUUGCGGUCUCCAACAACAUCGACAACCACCACCGACCGUAAUCCGUACUUCUUCGCGGCAAGAACAAAAGAUCGUCCGCGAUGGAAAUACGUGCAUGAUUAUGACGAGGAGUACGAUGCCGAAGAAGACGACGCCGACACCGAUGACGCCUAUGUCGACGAAGUUGCGCGAACAACGGAAGUUGCCACCAAGAGUAGCAGAAUUAUUACCAAAGCCAGUCAUUCGGCCUCCUACGAGGAUGAAACUGUCGACGAGAAUACCAACGACGAUUACUACGACGACGAGAUUUUCGCCGAAGAUACCCUUCGACCACAGCACGACGUACAGGCUGAAGAGGGCCAGCAUGAGCAGUCGCCGAUGACGCAGUACAAAUGGAAGAAUUACGGGACGCGGCAGGCGUUGGAGGAAUCACAGCGCAGCUCAGACUACGGCAACAACGAUCGAAGUAUGCGAAAAAUAAAAUAUUUAAAUCAUAAAGAAAACGUGCGCGCCGCCAACGAACACUUUCUGCACAUGAAGUCGGCCGCAAAAUGCCGCCUGCCACGACCGCGUGUGAUCAACGUGCAGGAAAUCCAUCAGUUGCCCGGAAAAGCAUUCCGCCCGCACUGCACCGUCCUGCAUCGCUGCGGGGACGACACUGGAUGCUGCCAGGGGCCGGGCAAAAAGUGCCGCGCCAAGAGUCAAGAAGUUAUUUAUUUACCCUUCUACGUAUAUAGCACGACAUUCAGCCAGUCACAGGCAGUCGAACGUCUGGCUUUUCACAAUCACACAGAAUGCGCGUGUCUGGACGAGGAAGAAAUGAAAUUGGCGCAGAGAUUAAUAAGACCACGUGCUCAAUUGAGCCGCAAUAGUUUACAACAGGACAAACCAAGCUGCACAUGUCCCGAAGAGUUCAUCUCGUCGAUGAAUCAUCGUUUCGGCCGCUGCGCCUGCGAUUGUCCGUCCGGCAGCGAUUCACUCUCCGGAUGCGCCAAUAUGAAACGCGGCAAGGAGCACCUCUCGCUUCGGGACCGCAAGUGCAUCCUCGAGGAGAGAUGCGCGCCGCCCACCUGCGAGUACGGCACCUACGCCAAGCAAAAAGGCAGGUGUCCACGACGCCAAGAGGUCCCCGCCGGCACCUACAACAACGCGCUGGGCUCGCGAAGUGAUAGUGAUAAUGACGAUGACUCGAUCGAGGAUUAGUGUGUCUUUGUGUGCAUGCAUGUAACCUGCUGGAAACGAAAGCAAUACAGAAAAAAUGAUACAGACUGCGGCGUGCGCGACGCGAAAACAAACAAAAAUUAGCAAACAUGUAAUGAAACUUAAAUUGAAACGUAUAAAACUAGUCAAGUGUCAACUCAAAGCUCGUUCGGUGCGCGGGAGCGCGAACGCUGCGACAUACUUUGUGUAGUAUUAUGUAAUUUGUAUGCGUAUAAUAUGCAAUAGGAUAAGAGAAUAAGCAAUGAGAGUAUGAUGUGGGUUUCGCUUAAGUGAAAUGACGUGAAAGCAAGCGCUACGUGUGUAGAUUAUAGCUGUACCUCGAUUUGUACCGCAUGAAAUUGUAGGUGUCUCAUCAGAUCACAAUUUUUAUGUAUUAGAACUUCUUUUUUUUUUACUUACGAAGAGAACAUUCAUAAAAUAUAUAAAUCCACGUAAUAAA